CCAUGAUUAGGUUAAUCCAGUCAAUGCCUCAACAAUCUUUAUUCUGUGAGGACGGACGUGACUUGUUGCAGUAGGAGUUAAUUUGUUGAUAAUAAAAUUGUUCUGUUGAUAAAAGUAAUACAAAUUUGUCAAGACGGUAUAGAUCCCCACCAAUCUGGUAGCAGCAGCUCAUAAACUUUCCCAUCAAUCUGUCUAUUCGCGAUGUCGUCAGAGAAUUUGCUCUUAACGUGAACUAAUUUUAAUUUCAUGGAAAUGGAGCUCCAUGCGCUCGCCUCCUUCACUUGACUGUUGAGUUGUUUCGGUGAUCAUUGGAUUUUCUAGGCAACAUAUUUAUAUUAGUUUUCGAAUAUUACGGAUGGCAAACGACAGUUCAAAGUUAGGAAAGAUGGACAAAUCUUCAGAGAAGGAGGAUGAGGAAGAGAUUGAAGAGGGUUCUGGUAGAAGAGAAAACAUGCUACACACAGUCGAGACUCGUGAAAGAAUAAGGACAUUGAGUUUGGAAAGCAGACAUCCAGAUAUGUUAUUCUCUGACCUUGGAUACGAUUCUAACUCCGAGCUUUCCAGUUCCACUGACUCUAGUAGAGGUUCUGCUCCACCUCACCCUCAGUCCACUGACUCUAGUAGAGGUUCUGCUCCACCUCACCCUCAGUCCACUGACUCUAGUAGAGGUUCUGCUCCACCUCACCCUCAGUCCACUGACUCUAGUAGAGGUUCUGCUCCACCUCACCCUCAGUCCACUGACUCUAGUAGAGGUUCUGCUCCACCUCACCCUCAGUCCACUGACUCUAGUAGAGGUUCUGCUCCACCUCACCCUCAGUCCACUGACUCUAGUAGAGGUUCUGCUCCACCUCACCCUCAGUCCACUGACUCUAGUAGAGGUUCUGCUCCACCUCACCCUCAGUCCACUGACUCUAGUAGAGGUUCUGCUCCACCUCACCCUCAGUUCAUGAGACAGGUUCAUGGCCCGUAUGAAGAUACCCGAAGUGUGCAGUCUCUACCUCUUGAUGUGAUUCGUGAGGGGUCCAGUCAAGACAGCUUCGAGUACUGCGCUACCACUCCGAAGGAAUCUGGAUGGAGUAUUGCGAUGCAGAAAUAUAACGAACAGCUUCAACAAUCAGCUGCUUGUCUUCCGCCUACCUGCAUAGACAGACACCAUCUGCAAGAAUUUGUGGCCGCUGGUAUGGUAAACAUCAAGAAGUUCAUUUCAGCCCUCGAUAAGACAGGUAUUAACGUCUUCAAGGAUAUUAGAUUUCAGACUCUAAUGGAUGCUCUGACCGCUGAACGCUCCGUGACAGAUUCCGAUCAGAUUCCUGUCUUGAAGUCGAUACCUCUGGAGGAAUUUGAGCAAAUAUGUCGACCCAGUGCCAGCCUCAUCAACCAGGCCCUGUCAGGCGAACUUAUUUUACCCGAGUUUGGGUCAUUCUGCCAAGACGUACGACGACUCUAUAGCCGUUGUAAAAGUAUAAAAGAAGGAGAAACUUCCAAACACAUCAAACAGCUUGAACGACAAGCUCCUGACUUAUGGAGUGUGAGCAUCUGUACGGUUGAUGGACAGAGGUUCAGCGUGGGUAACCACACCACCCCCUUCUCCAUGCAGAGCCUGAGAGACGUUUUGAUAUACACACUUGCUAUCACGGAGUGUGGACAGGAAGAGGUUCACUCUCAUGUUGGCAAGGAGCCAGCUGGAGAUGUCCACGACUCUCUGGUCCUGGAUAGAGAUGGUCUUCCUCAUAACGCUAUGAUCCCUGCUGGCGCUCUCGCAGUGCUCUCCCUCAUCAAACCCAACUUUACCCUCCCUGAUAGAUUCGAUUAUCUGUUCGGUAUCUACGAGAGAUUAGCAGGAUUUGAGGGAAUCGACUUCUCCAACGCUACCUAUCUAGCCGAGAAGAUGGCAGCAGACCACAUUUACUCUAUAGCUUACCAUCUGAUGGGACACAAAGUGUUGCCCACACACUGCAAACUCCAGCAGACAAUAGAUCUGUACCUCCAGUUAAACUCUAUCGAGUGUACCACAGACUCAGCUGCUACCAUAGCUGCUACCCUCGCUAACGGGGGUGUCUGUCCUUUUACUGCUGAGGCUGUCUACUCUCCACAAGCGGUCCGGAAUGCUCUCUCACUUCUACAUUCCUGUGGUGUCCGCAAGAUAUCAGGUCAGUGCCCUUGUUAAGAUCUCCACAUUGUGUUAACGAAACUGAUCCGAAUUUACACCAGGAAUUAUUUACCUUUCUCCCUUAGGUCAGUGGUCCUUUGAUGUGGGUCUCCCCGCUAAGUCUACAGUUUCCGGAACUAUAAUGAUAAUAGUUCCUGAUGUAAUGGGGGUAGUGGUGUGGUCUCCUCUACUCGACAAGUGUAAAAACAGUGUCAGAGGUAUCGCCUUCAGCAGAAUGCUCACUCAAUUAUUCUCCUUCCACAGUUUUGAGAACUCAUCCCCUCAACUCACUACUAAACCUAAUCCUGUACGGAGGUCUUGUCAUGAGAGCAAAGAUGUACAACUGGUAAAUCUGCUGAUCUCAGCUAAGAAAGGUGACCUACCUCUGCUCAUCAGGUACUACGAACAGAAAAUAAACUUUAACUGGUCUGACUAUGACGGCAGGACAGCUCUACAUUUCGCUAUAGAGGGAGGACAUCUUAACAUUGUCAAGUUCCUGAUCGAGAAAUGUCAGGUGGAUGUUAGUGUAGAGGACAGAUGGGGACACACACCUCUAGACGAAGCAGUGAAGAAAGGGGACAGCAACACCACCAGAUACCUUCUCCUUCAUCACAACACCAUGCUGCCGCACAGAUCCUGUCAUGCAACCUUGUGAGACAAAACUCAGAUAGAAAUUCAAAUAGAAACGUGUGACUUUGUAUAUCUUGAACCGCAAAUCUAAAUUACCAGGAUAUUCAUGUCAAUGCUAUAGGGUUUCUUGAUUGUGACUUAUGACGUCUGUCCUUUUAGACAGAUUUUCGAUGCCAAAACCUGACAUUUGCUUCUGUGAUUAUACCAUAUAAUAUGCCAGGUCCAAAGUGACAGGUUCUUUUGAACACUCUAUUCGAUGACUUAAUUUAGUUUUGGCUUUUGAGGUUAAAUAAAUAUUCGAACAUUUCUCAACUGGCGCUCUUAGUUUUCUGAAUUGUCGAAUGAAGUGCAUAUUGAAUAUGUCAUGUUCUUAUCAGUUUAAAAGAAGCACACCGACGAACGUGGUUGUGGAACGGCCGUAGGAAGUAUUUAGUAAUAUCAUGUUAUAACUCGUAUACCAGUAUAGUGUUUCACUUUUUCGUGUUAGGGGUACCAGUCUCGUUGCAGUUGUAUAUUUGUUUAGGUCAUGUUGACCGACUUCAUUCAUUAUCUUUAAAAUUCUGUCAUAGUCCGACGUUUCGAAUUUACUUAUUUAGUGUGCUAUUCUUCAGUUUGUCUGUGUGUAUAAAAUGAACUCUAUGUACAUGGCGCUAACUGCGCCGAGUGCACAAAUUGCAAAGAUGGACGGUGAGAGACUCUCGAAAAGUGACCCUGUCAACCUCUCCCGACACCCAAAGAUCCUCAAUCUUUCAAAUUCUAACAGUUACAGU